AUGUCAUACUCAAAUAAUAUGGCAGGAUCUAGGCCCCAGACAGCACCGGACCUGUCCGUCCGGUGUGUCAGCGCGCUAGACGCUGCGCGAGAUAGCGACGACAACGCCUUGGUGUUGACAUGCGAUCAACUCCAGCAAGUCAACGACUUUCGCAAGCUCCUUGAUAGCACCGAAGACACCGACCAGUUACAGCUGUGCGCAGAGAAAUGCAGUGAACUACUUGGCCAUGGCACCAGCCUACAGCUUCUGAUUGCCGCCUAUGACGAUGUCAUGUCAGCUGCCUGUUGCGGGUACAAAAACAAAAAACAGGAGAAGGUUGACAAUAACGCCGAGCGCGACGAAUGGGACCGCUACUUUGGCGUCGCCACUUCCGCGGCCGAGGUCAAAUCCAACUGCCUCAGCGCGCUGAAGGCCGUGGCCACUCGCUGGGGUCGAGAAGUCGUCCUGCACUACCCGUGGGCGUCCAAGGGUAAAUAUUUCUGGAAUCUGCUUCGCGCCGCCGCACUUCAUGUCCCGACGUGGCUGAUGCCGCGCUGGUAUUGA